UCGAUCAAAGAAUAUCCUUUACUAGAUUAAUAAUGACGAAAGCAGAAUUCUCCCGACUACCAAGCUCUGUGGUUCCCAUCAACUACAAGAUUCAUCUCAUCCCUGACCUAUUCAACUUCACCUUCAGGGGAGAAUGUGAGGUUCAAGUUUCCGUGAAAGAGGAGACUGAUCUGGUGAUCUGUAACGGGAGCAAUCUUGAGGUUCAGGCAGCCUCCGUCUGGGUCGGAGAGGAGGAGAUCUCUGGACAGGUUUCAUCUUCGGAGGAGGAGGAGAAGCUUACGCUGAAACUAGUCAAGAAGCUAGGAGUUGGCUCUGCUCUGGUUAAGUAUAGAUUCUCUGGGAUCCUAAAUGACAAGAUGUGUGGAUUCUAUCGGAGCAAGUAUUCUCUGAACGGAGAAGAUAGAUACGCUGCAGUUACUCAAUUUGAGAGCACAGAUGCAAGACAGGCAUUCCCUUGCUGGGACGAACCCGCUCUGAAGGCUACAUUUGAUCUAACCGUAACCGGACCAAAGGAUAGAAUUAUACUCUCCAAUAUGCCGGAGAUUAAUGUAAAGGAAGACGGAGACAGUAAGAGUGUAACAUUCGACUCUACCCCAAUAAUGUCUACCUAUCUGGUUGCUAUUAUAGUAGGAGAGUUUGAGUAUGUUGAAGCCACUACUCCGGACGGGAUUAACUGCAAGGUUUAUUCUCCGGUGGGUAAAAAGGAGCAGGGACAGUUUGCACUGGAGUGUGGAGUAAGAGCGCUAACUUUCUAUAAGGAAUUCUUCAAUGUUCCGUAUCCUCUGAAGAAGUAUGACCAGGUCGCUAUUCCUGAUUUCUCAGCUGGAGCUAUGGAGAACUGGGGACUUGUAACCUACAGGGAAACCUGUAUUCUAGUCGAUAAAGAAAACACGAGUGCAGCAACAAAGGAAAGAGUUGCUAUUGUAGUUUGUCAUGAGACUGCUCAUCAAUGGUUUGGAAAUUUGGUAACCAUGGAGUGGUGGACCCACCUUUGGUUGAAUGAAGGGUUUGCCUCCUUCAUGGAGAACCUGACUACAGAUCAUCUGUAUCCUGAAUACAAGAUAUGGGACCAGUUUGUAUCCUCAACCUUAAAGGAGGCUCUCAAACUUGAUGCACUGGCCAGCAGCCACGCUAUCGAGGUUCCUGUUGGUCAUCCUGCCGAGGUUGACGAGAUUUUUGACAUCAUUUCAUACAACAAGGGUGCUUCAGUUAUUCGUAUGCUCUUUCAUUGGAUCGGAGAAGUUCAUUUUAAAACUGGGAUGCACAACUACCUUACCAAGUAUUCAUAUCAGAACGCCGAGACACCACAGUUGUGGGAUGAGCUGGAGAACGCUAGUGGGUUGCCGGUCACUAAGGUUAUGACCACCUGGACCAAACAGAUGGGGUUCCCGGUCAUCUCGGUCAAGUCUAGACAGGAAGGAUCUGACAGGAUUAUUACACUCUCACAAUCUAAGUUUGUAUCUGGUAAAGAGAUGGACGUAUCCUCCUACUUUUGGCAGAUCCCCAUCAGCAUCAUGCAAGGUGGAAGCAAGCAUAUCACACAGAUCUUGAUGGACCAGAAAACCAUGAAUAUUACAAUUUCCAACGUGAAACCAGACGAAUGGAUUAAACUAAAUCCUGGAUUUGUUGGUUUCUACCGUGUUCUCUACAGUCCAGAGGAUAUGGAUCUUCUUCGCACUGCUGUCAAGACUGGUGCAUUAUCACAGAUAGAUCGUCUCAACAUUCUAGAUGAUUUGUUUAGUUUGAUAUCUGCUGGAAAGGCGAGUAGUGUGGAAGGAUUGAGGUUGUUGGAGGCGUAUAAGAACGAAGACAACUAUGUGGUCUGGAAUAUUAUCAAUGAUGCGAUCAGUUCUCUGAGCACACUUCUAGCAGAUCAAGAUUAUUAUUGCAACUUUAAAAGAUUUGUUCUGGAUCUGUUCUCUGAGAUUAAGACUAAGGUGAGCUGGGAUGAAACCGAAGGAGAAGAUCAUCUUGAUACUUUGCUCCGUAAUCUUGUUCUCUCCAGACUUGGUAAGUCCGGAGACGAGGAGGUGAGAGCCGAGGCAAAGAGAAGGUUCGGACAGAUCUCCAACGGAACUGCUAAAAUAAAAGCAGACAUAAGGUCAACCGUUUACUGCUGUACAGCAGCUGGAGGAGAUGAUACAGAUUUUGAAAACAUGGUGAAACUUUACAAGAACUCCGACCUAGGGGAGGAGAAGGACCGUCUCACUAGGUCAGGGAUGUCUAGCUUUGAGAAAAAGGAGUUGUUGAAGAAAGCUCUGGAUUUUGCUAUUUCCGAGAAUGUUCGAUCCCAGGAUACUUGUCAUUUUAUUGCUGGUAUCGCCAGGAACAAGUACGGUAGAGAUCUUGCUUGGGAGUUCUUCAAGGAGAACUAUGACCUCUUCAAGAAUAGAUAUAAAUCCGGGUUCCUCAUCCAUCACCUCGUCAAGUCCGUGUCCGAGAGGUUUGUAGACGAGGAGAAGGCGGCCAUGAUUGAGAAAUAUUUCGAGGAGAACACUUGGCCCGGCACAGAACGGGACGUAUCUCAGGCUGUGGAAACUAUACGACUCAACGCUGCUUGGCUCUCCCGGGAUGGGGGGUCCAUCAAAAAGUUUUUUGAAACCCUGUGAAAACGAAUGCUCUGAAUGAAAUUUUAAUGUAUGCUAUACUGGUGAUUAAAACCUGGGUUUAUUUU